UUUGUUUUUUGUGGGAUAUAAAGAUGUUAAAAACUCCAAAUUUAUAAGUGUGAUACGUAUACCCUUAAAUUAAAAGUACUCCAUUUUCCUAUUGCUCCCACACUUUAGUGCAUCUCUAAAAGUUGAAACUUUGAAGUUCGUUGGAUCCACCACAAAUCUCCUGUGCAUGAACUUUUGCAAGCACACUUUGCAACCAAAAAGCUUAAAUUUUUCAGAAACAAAAAUGUGGGUAGAUUCUGAGAACAACCGUGUCGAGUCUGGUCAGGAGCUAUUUGGUUCUUUAGUUCAUCAGGAAGCAUAUGCCCUCAUAUCCAGUUUAGCCCCUCCAGGGCUGGAAUUCCAGCAUACAUCAGCUCCUAAAUCUGAAUACAAUAGCUAUCAUGCUAUAACUACUGAUCAAAGGAACACCUGCUUAACGGAGCAAAUGCAGUCUCCGGUUCAGGAAACACAUUUAUUAGAAGCACUCCAGCGUCCUGCACCACUCUGUCGACAAUUCUGGAAAGCUGGAAGCUAUGACAAUGUCUCCUCACAGUCCUCAGCAUCUUUGGCUCCAAACACCAAGAUCCAUAUGCAUGUUCACCCCAAGUUCCUUCACUCUAAUGCUACUUCUCACAAGUGGGCUUUUGGAGCUGUGGCGGAGCUUCUGGACAAUGCAAUUGAUGAGAUACAAAAUGGAGCCACUUUUGUAAUGGUAGAUAAAAUCUUUGAUCCAAAAGAUGGGAGUCCAGCAUUGCUCAUCCAAGACGAUGGAAGUGGUAUGGACCCAAAAGCAAUUCGGCGAUGUAUGAGUUUCGGAUUCUCAGACAAGAUGUCCAAAAAUACCAUUGGGCAAUAUGGAAAUGGGUUCAAGACCAGCACCAUGAGACUUGGAGCAGAUGCUAUAGUCUUCAGUCGAAAAGUGAACAGUGGGAUAUUAACCCAAAGCGUUGGUCUGCUUUCAUACACACUAUUGUCUCGCACAGGGAUGGGCAGAAUAGUAGUACCUAUGAUUGAUUAUGAGUACUCUUUGUCAACUGCAGCCUGGAAACCUCUGUAUCGUGAUGGUGGAGAGAAUUUUCAAUCAAAUAUCUCAAUCAUUUUGCAGUGGUCUCCAUAUUCAACUGAAGCCGAGCUUCUGAAGCAAUUUGAUGACAUUGGAUUUCAUGGUACCAAAGUUAUCAUCUAUAAUUUGUGGUUUGCUGAUGAAGGGAAGUUGGAAUUGGAUUUCAAUAGUGACCCUGAGGACAUCCGCCUGAAAGGUUCAAACAAUGCUCAGAAAAAUUCAAAAAAGUUGUUAACAGAAGAGCACAUUGCCAACCAAUACCAUUAUUCUCUCCGGGUAUACAUGUCCAUAUUGUAUUUGCAGCUCCCACAAAAUUUUAGUAUGAUGUUGCGUGGAAAAGUUGUUGAGCAUCAUAGUAUAGCACGUGAUCUGAAAUUCCCAGAAUUCAUCGUGUACAGACCUCAUACUAAGGAGGGCGAUAUUUUAACAACAAUAGGCUUUCUGAAGGAAGCUCAUAAUGUCAAUAUCCAUGGUUUCAAUGUCUACCAUAAGAACCGCCUUAUACUGCCAUUUUGGGAAGUUGCCCCUUAUAGCAAGAAUGGAGGAAGAGGCGUUGUUGGGGUCUUGGAAGCAAACUUUGCUGAGCCUAUUCAUAACAAACAAGAUUUUGAGAGGACUUCCCUCUUCCAAAGGCUUGAAACACGCUUGAAGAACAUGGCAUGGGAAUACUGGGAUAAUCACUGUGGACUUAUAGGAUAUCAUGUCAACCACAGUAAGAAACCCCCUGUGUCGUCACUGCAAUCGCCAUAUGAUCUUCCUAGAAGUGCUAGGUUCGAACCUGUAGUAUUGGAUAAUACUACAAUGUCAGAUUCAGCCAAUGAUGAUGAUCCUGCUGUUGGUUUACUCGUUGGAUCUGUAUCUCAAAGAAAAGGCCAACACCGAGAUUCUACAGGAACAAAAAAUCCCCUCUCGUCUGCUCUUACAAGUACACAGAUUAGCUUAACACCUGAGGCUAAUAACAUGGAGAACUUCACCAAUGUCCAGGAGUUGCUGCUUCGUACUUCUGGAGAAAAUGAGCAGAGAAAACAGGAAGCUGUGUUGAUGAUACAGGAGAAUAAGGAACUUCUGUCAAAAUGCUUAGAUUUUGCGAAUAGAGAGAAAGAACUUAUUCAGAAGGUUUCACUGCUUAAAAAGGAGAUUGAAGAAGAAAGAAACAGAUAUGGCAGGAUGUUGAGCGAACUGCCAAAGCUUAGAACUCUCUAGCUAGCAGAAAAAUACAGAGAAUAUCACCCUAAAUAGUUCAUUUAUGUGAAGAGUUUCCCGUCACAGGUGACAUCCGAACGAUGCUGGUUAGCUUGUGCAGUUGCUGGAGCUAGGCAUUUUUUGAAGUUCACUUCUGAGUAGUUAUAUUACUUAUAUGUCUUGUUCUCAGCAUACAGUGUGGUCUGGUUUCCCAUUUUUGUGUCUAUGCUUCUAGUGACUAUUAAGGCCUUUUUUUUCACUAGUAGAAGUUUAAGGUUUUGGACUUUUGGUUAAUUUGGCUUUUCAUAUGAACUAUGAAAAUCUCUGUUUAUUGUGUUUAUUGGUUAACCAGGAAAAAAAAAUGCUACCUUUUAUACAUAUACUACUAGAUUUCCUUUUUUUUGGUUGGUGGUAUAGCGGAUUGUUUUGUGUUUAUUGGUUAACCAGGAAAAAUUAUGUAGCUUUGUACCUGAUGUGGAAAACAUGGAAAGCAAUUAGAUACUCCAUCAAAUGUUUGGAGGAACAUAUUGGUUUAUGCCUUUACAACACAUUGAAUUAGUAAUGUGACAAC